GAGGAUGGGAGGAUGAGGUGGACUAGCUCGGUCCUACGGAUCCGACCGGCCACCGGUGUUAACUGGGUCGAUCCUUCAUCCAAGAGUUGGCUCUCUCCUAUUGGUACGCUACAUCUCGCUGGCUGGAAGAUGGUGGUUGUGCUCAUAUAGCCUUGUAAGUGGUUCGUCAUCAAUCUCCGUGGUCGUCCGCUAUGGCCCGAAGAUUCGCAGGCUGUGGUGACGGUGCUGCCGGGGACCGGACGGGCAAAUAUUAUAUUAUUGUCAGCGUCGCCAUGAAGCUGAACGGUGUAUCUGCUCCAUUCGCCUUCUCAAAGCAUGUUCUGAACCAUAUACCCUUGCCCUUCGACACAAACUUGACCGACCGCUUCGAUCUCAACCCCUGGCGGGAUUAGGAGACGCGAUAGAUAGCAGAAUCAUUGAUACAGAUACCCCUUUUUCUCCUCAAUAUGUCUGCAGAGCCAAAGUUCCCUGAAGUCCCACUGGGCACCCUGGAACAGCAUGAUCCCGAGAAGUCUCACCCAACAUCGACCAGCUCAUCGCACCACGCUGUCGACACGAUCGAGGCCAAAUCCGACAUCAGCGACUUCCCGGAGGGCGGCGCUAGAGCAUGGAUGGUAGCCGCCGGCACUGCCAGUAUCCUGUUCUGCACCCUCGGCUAUACCAACUCCUUCGGCAUAUUCCAGGCGUACUACAUGGAGAACCAGCUCCGGCACGAGACCCCUGACAGGAUUGCCUGGAUCGGCUCACUGCAGUCCUUUCUUCUGUUUGCCUCAGGGUCUGUCGGAGGCCCCUUGUUCGAUCGCUAUGGUCCCAAAGUGAUCUGGCCCGCCGCGAUCCUCUACAUCUUCGCCAUAAUGAUGACCAGCCUCUGCAAGGAAUACUGGCAGUUCAUGCUGGCCCAGGGUGUCCUGACCGGCAUCGCCAACGGCCUGCUGAUGUUCCCCUCCAUGGCUGCGACGCCGCAAUACUUCAGCAAGAAGCGCGGCGCAGCCAUGGGCAUCGCGCUCGCGGGCUCGUCGCUCGGCGGCGUCAUCUUCCCCAUCGCCCUGGCCAAGAUGCUAACCGAGUCGACGCUCGGCUUCGCCUGGUCCAUGCGCAUCUGCGGCUUCAUCAUGAUCCCCUUCCUGGCCUUUAGCUGCGUCGCCAUCCGCGCCCGGCUGCCGCCCCGCGACACCAGCUUCUUCCUCCUCUCGCCCUUCCGGAUCCCGCUCUUCAACACCCUCAUCAUCGCCGAGUUCUGCCUCAUGAUCGGCAUGUUCAGCCCGCUCAUCUUCCUGCCCUCCUUCGCCAUCCAGAUCGGCGUCGACCCGGCCCUGGCCUCGUACCUGGUCGCCAUGCUCAACGGCGCCUCCAUCUUCGGCCGCAUCCUGCCGGGCUUCCUGGCCGACCGCUUCGGCCGCCUCAACAUGCUCGCCGCCGCGGGGGCCACCACGGGCAUCCUCGUGCUCGUCUGGCCCCAGGUCACCGGCACGGCCGGCGUCGUCGCGUUCGCCGUCUUCUUCGGCUUCUGCUCCGGCGCCAUCGUGUCGGGCGGCUCCGUCGCGCUCUCCAUGUGCCCCGAGGACCCCAAGGAGACGGGCACGUAUCUCGGCCAGGGCAUGGCCUUCGCGUCGCUGGCCGCGCUGGUGGGACCCCCCGCGACGGGGGCGCUGCUGGAGAGGUACGGGGGUUACGUCCAGAUAUCCAUCUUCGGGGGCGUCCUUACGUUGGUUGGGGCGGCCCUUGCAUUUGCGUGUAAGAUGGCCACCAAGAAAGGCCUCUGGGGUAAUAUCUAGGGAGGAUCUGUGUGUGCAUCAACUACAUCAAAAAGGAGCUGGGGUAGCGUGGGAUAGAUGUUCUCGUCGUGGCAGAGGGUAAGAUAGAAUGUGCACGGCGCCCUUCUGAUUGCUUAUACACGGUAAAAAACUGGCGGUAUGUCAUAAAUAGAUUGGCUCAUGGCAACUCUUCUCUGGGCAUUUACAGGGGGGAUAGAAGGAGGUGGGAAACGAGUAAGAUCGAUAAUCAUAAUAUAGAGAAUAGUCGAUAAAAAGACACCAGCAUCUGGAUUCGAGACGCCACAGGAAAUCUGACGCUUGUCAGGGUGGGCGUGGGCGCCAACCCAAUGUAGAAGGGAUGAUACCAGUGGCAAUUUUCUGGAGUUCACAUUAUGUAGCGAGGCUGCUUGUUUCGAUCGUGGGC